CGUUCGAAACGAUUCGCGCGCGCGCGGGGGGCCGUUUCGAUCCGAGCCGAUUCGCCAGCCGUCCUCCAGCCGAUGAACGAGAGGAUGUACGAGGACUGCGUGCUGCAGUCGAUGCGAUUCCCGCAGAAGCUCUGGCGGAUCGUCAACGAGUGCAAGAGCGGGGCGAUCUCGUGGGGCGAGGACGGCGGCACGAUACUCCUCGACUACAAGAGAUUCCAGGCGGAGUACCUGGACACGCGCCGGCCGAUCUUCAAGACGAACAACAUCACGAGCUUCAUCCGGCAGCUCAACCUCUACGGCUUCCGCAAGGUCACGUACGGCCGCGACUCCUCGGGCUGCGACUCCUGCGACCCGCACGUGCACGAGUUCCUGCACAGCAGCUUCCGCGCCGACCGCGCGGACCUGCUGGCCAACGUCUGCCGGAAGGCCGGGAGGAGCCGGUGCGCGCAGCACGAGGCCGCGAGUGCCGCGGAACGGAAUCCGCGAGCGGAGGAGACGGAGGAGAUCGGGGAGAAGAAGGCGCGAGCGGAGGAGAGGCCGCGAUCGGUGGCGAGCCGCGUGUCCCGCUUGAAACUGUGUCAGCUGGCUCUGACCAAAACAUUGGAGCAAAUUGCUCGAGAAUACCGACGGGAACACGAGGAAAGAAAAUCGAUUGUAACAAGGGAUUGUCUGAAACGGAUAAGAAACUCUCAAGAGGACACAGUUCCUGUUUUGUACGAGAUUGAAUUCAGCAAUGCUCCGAAUCGGAAGCCUAUCGUGGAACGGAGCGCAAGAUACUCGGCGUUUGUUCCUAUAAAGACCGACGCAUCGUCCGAAUGCAAAGCAAUCCCGUCGCCUUGGCGUAAUGCGUUGAAUAAACGUGGUGUGCGCUUCAACGUUCAAAACUGAAUUCGUUCAAUUUAGCGUGAAAAACUACUGACUUUUCUCUCACACACGGUAUUUAUAUUACUUACAAUAUGAAACUAUUUUAAGUUAAAUAAGUUACGUUGGGUUGUUUAAUGUAACGACGAUUAGUCACUAUUGAUAAGAAAUAAUAUCUACAUUGAAAUCGUACGAUCUCUCUAGAACAUACAGUAAAAAUGUUAAAACUUAAGUUUGAAUAAAAGAUAUUAUACGAUGGAAA